AUGCCUGAUGAAAUCAAUCUUUUCGUCUCGAAUGGCACAUGCUAUUCUGGGCCAUACCGCGAGGCGGACAAGGAGAUGCUACCCUGCGGCAACGAUGCCAACGACCAUGUCGCGUGUUGCCAAGCUGGUGACAAUUGCCUCAAGAGCAAUGUCUGCUUCAACAUUGCUUUUGGAGUCACAUACGUCGCAGGCUGUUCUGAUGUUACCUACCAGCACCCCACCUGCCCCUACAAGUUCGAGGACAUCGAAACGCCCUGGCUUGGCAUGGCCUACUGCAAUGGCACAAGCAAUGAGUGGGUGCUCUGCGACCAGAAGAAGAAACCGGCCACUCUCACCAAGCCCGAUCCAUGCUGGUGUCCAAAGGACGAGAACGAUCGGCACAAGAUGCUCUCCCAAUCUUCGAUCAUCCAGGGCACCGCAUCGCUGCCGACCAAUGUACUUGGGAGCAUCCAGUUCAGUGUGGGAUACUACCCAACGGUGAACCCGAAUCCAAAGACAACCACAACCACGGCAAGCCCCACCGCAUCGGACUCGUCCUCUACCCCAUCGAUCGCCUCUCCCGCCCCGACAGCAGCAGACACAACAACCAAGAGCACCCCGACUGACAACCCGGGCAAUGAGAGCAGCCUCAGCCCAAGCGCCCAGAUCGGCGCCAUCGCGGGAGGCGUAGCCGGCGCCCUGCUCAUUGCACUCCUGCUCGUGGCCUUCAUGUGCUUCCGCCGCCGCCAGCGCAAGCAGCAGCUGCAGAGGGAGGAGGAGGCGCGCGCCGUGGACGACUUCAUGCACGGCGAGACCAAGAGCGGCGCCGCCAGCGAGCCGGACCCCGUCAACCUCGGCAUCGCCGCCGGAGGAGUCCCGAGCCCCAGCACCGCGUCGAGCCCUGACACGCCCGCCCUCUCGGAGCUCGACUCCAAGGCCGCCAGGCCGUGGUCGCUCCGCUCCGAGCUUGAUAACAACUCGUCGGCGCGGAGCUCGUACAACACCGCCGGUGGUGGUCAGGGUGGCGCUGGUCACGCGAGGCCUCCGCCGAGCGAGUUGGCUGCUCACCCCAUUGCCGAGCUGCCUGGAUGA